AUGCCGUUAUGUACACGUCGGUCACAGGCGUCAGUGACGUCUUACGGGUCAAUGGACCCGACAUCUACCGGAAACUCUAAGUGCACGAACCGGAUAACCAGCUUUCGGGAGCUGCCCUCCUACCCGACACCUAACCAGCGGAAGGAGAUAUUCAGCACGGCGUCUUCGUCAUCGUUCCAGACGAGUUAUAUCCUCCCGAACGAGGCAAGCACAUUGACGGAUUCUCACAAUACGGACAUCAGCGACGUGUCCCGUCAGUUCUGGCAGAUCCGAGAUUUAGAGCGCGGACGCUUCAACGUUGAUGGGAGCUCGGAGGAGGAAGAGGCGGCAGAGAGCGAAACAGUAUCAAACCUGUCCUACUCUACCAUUCAUGAGACCCCGCGGAUCGCUCGGGACAGGAAAGAGGCUUUCCGGUUUAACAUCGAAGGCACUGGUGCCAUACAAUGUAUUUUUGUUCUGCAGACUGGUCAGUGCUGGAUCACACGCCAUAACGACAAAAUGUUGUAUCUAUAUCACAGAAACGGGCAUAAAAAAGAAGCGCGUUCCAUCAGUUUAAAGCUCACACUGAUUGCCCGGCGAGAGGACAAGACUAUACUAGCUGUGCCCCAUCUAGCACAGGCUGUAUACAAGAUGUCGCCCACCGGGUCUCUGGCCCAGUUUCUAUCCUUCGACCUGCAGGUGGGCGGAGUGUGCUGCACUAGCAGGAGCGAAACUCUGGUCACGACAACCCCCAUACAGAGAUCACAGAAGAAAGGACCGAGACCCCGGAAGGUACCGUCAGUUAUUCGAUUUAGUCAGACCGGGGAAGUUAUAUGGUGUAUUAAGAACAAAGGCGUCGAUCCAUUUGUAAGACCUUCAAAAGUUGCAGUGAACAAAAACGGUGACAUCUGUGUUUUGGACCACGAACCCUCACGUGAGCACGUGGUCUUCCUGAGCCCUGACGGCGAGGAGAAGCGGCGUUACUAUGGCGUCCAACAUCCCGACCUCGUGCAUCCCUUCGCACCGCGAGACGUCUGCUGUGACCGGAAAGGACACGUGUACGUGGCGGAUUUACACAAUAGUGUCGUGCACGUGUUGGAUAAGACUGGAAGAUUUAGCCAUUUCUUGUUUAAGAAACAUGACGGUAAUCCAUAUCCGGUCGCUAUCGCCUGCGAAACUGACGGAUUCGUGUGGGUUGGGCUGUCUUCCGGUGCAAUACGAAUAUACGAUACAAACAAAACUUGACUAGACUAACUUGAUAUUAAAAUUUUUCGUGUGUUUUUUUAAUUGUAGUCUUUCUUGUAAGUUUACCUUGUUCAACCUAAGGAACCAGCGUUAU